AUGGACAACGAUACCUUCCUCGUUGUUCAGCCGGUGACGGAUAUCGCUCGUGCCAUUCUAGAUUCAUCACCGCGCCAAUGGAUCCCGUACGCUCUGCCCCUCUUGUUGGGAUACCCUCUCAUCGCCCGUGUGCUGCGAUAUCGCCGCCUGCGACAGCUUCACCGGGACUACCCUUAUAAAACCCGCGCGGACAUGGCCAAAAUGACCGAUGAUCACGCCUUCCAGAUUCAAAAGACCGUCGCACAGCUCGAGUUUCCAUUCAUCUUCAUCAAAUCGCUGCAGUUCGCGUUGUUCAGAACUUAUGGUAUCCCGACCAUCUCUCGACUCCUCACCAAGACUAGCCAGUUCUCCGACCCAGAGACUUCGCUAAAGCGCUACACCGACACUAGCGCCCUGGUGCAGGAAAUGGUAGGGAACAACCCAACCUCGCAGCGCGCAUACAUCUCCCUGGCCCGCACGCGCUUUCUGCACAGCGGGUAUCGUGCCUCGGGCAAGAUUCUCGAGGAUGACAUGCUCUAUACGCUUGCGCUCUUCGCUCUAGAGCCUAUUCGAUUUAUCAACACCUACGAAUGGCGCACCCUGAGCGAUCUCGAGCGCUGUGCCAUCGGUACCUUUUGGAAGAGUGCCGGCGAUGCACUGGAUAUUAGCUAUUCUGCUUUACCAUCCGGCGCAACGGGAUUCCAGGAUGGUCUCCAGUGGCUCGAGGAGAUUGCUGCAUGGAGCGCCGCCUACGAAGAGAGAUGUAUGGUUCCUGAUCAGAAGAACCGCGAGACGGCGGACCAGACUACGGCUGUUAUAGUAUACAUGCUUCCGAAGAUUCUUCACCCUGUCGGACUGCAGUUCGUCUCUUUUAUGAUGGAUGAUCGGUUACGGAAAGCCAUGCUAUACGAUGCCCCUGCUCCUUUUUUCUCCGCUCUCUUUUCCAGCGCGCUGACAAUUCGAAAAUUGACGCUCCGUUAUCUGAUUCCUCCAAGACCGUACUUCUUACGAUAUGCGUCUUUCACCGAAGAGCCGGAUCAGAAUGGCCGUUUCUACCUGACAAAGUGGGAGGCUGCCCCUUAUUAUGUCAAGCCAACUUUCUGGAACCGCUGGGGGCCCGAGGCAUGGCUGACAUGGGCACUGGGCCAUCCUCUUCCCGGAGAUCAGGGCGACAAAUAUUACCCAUCGGGUUAUGACAUUCAGGAUGUUGGGCCUAAGUACUUUGAAGGAAAGGGGAGAAAGCAACUGGAUGAAGCGAUGGCCGAAUUCCAAGAAUUCAGAACGGGCAAGUGUCCCUUCCACUGA